GCUCACUAUACAUCAGCGUGUUGGGGAAUAACCAUUUUUUGCCAAUGUGUAGACAAAUUGAAAAGAGAACUUCCCCUUGAAUUUUGGGAUCACUAUAAAAGUGCGGGACAACCAUGAAAAAAGUCUUAUUAACUAAAACCCAGCAAAUAGAACGUUUACCAACGUCUAUUAGGGGGAGUGUUGUUGUGAAUGGCAGUACUAAUGCCAGCUUUGGUAGUGGUGGUGGUGGUGGAGGUGAUACAAGAAACACGAGCGUAAUAAUGUCACCAAAGGUUCUGACCGUGCCAGUUGUUCGAGUGAUAUCAAAGAGCAAUAGUACAUCGGUAGUGACAAAUACGUAUACGCAACGUAAGUGCUAUCAGGCUGUGUUCGAGGACAUUUUUAAAAGUUUAAUGCAAAUACCUGACAAGCAACUACAUCAGCGAGUAAUUGACGCGAUCAACAGUGUGGGAGUGUCUAAAAGUGCGAGUAAUGCGAGUGAUGAUAAGACAAACGUUAUCUCUAAUCAAAAUAAAAUGUGUUCCUGUGGCUCGACGUCGUCAUCAACAACAAUAACAACAACAGCUCCAGUGAAAGUAAAUGUGUCAACACAAACAGAUUUCACAGAAUUUCCCAAAACAGAACCUAUUACCAGCAAUAUACCACCAGUAUCCAAUAAAACUGAGUUACCAGUUACCAAUAUUGUACUUAAAAGUGAAGCAACCUUGAGAAAAUCAUCGAUAUCGAGUGACAGUGGCAUGGCACAAGCACCGACGUCUCCUAACAAGGCAACUGCCACAACGGCAACUGGAAAAAUUCCAAAAAAACGUGGAAGGAAACGCAAUACAUGCGUUCCAAAAGUAGUCAAAAGAUCCUCUGCUGAAAUGGCGCUACAGGAGCGUGAGGAUAAGCAAUUGACGCCCAUUGUGACAAAAAGAAAGAAAUUGGAUACCGCACCAUCACCUACUUUAAGAAAACCUGUGACCAGCAGCUGCUCGUCUACUCCAGAUUGGUCCUUUGAGAAUAUUAAUUUAAAUAAUUUAUCAGAUGAUGUAGAUAAAUAUAUUGAAACAGAUACAAUUGAAAGCAUAUUACGAACUAUGGGGGAGGAAUAUUUAAAAGCUGCAACUAAAUCCCACGAAGGCUUGUUACCCAUACACGAUGCCAUUAUAGUGAAUGAUAUUCAGGUAGUGAGACGUCAGGCAUAUGUCUGGUUAAAAUUGAGGAAGACAGAUUUAAAUCAAUUACUUACUGACGACGAUGAAGAUUGCCUCCAAUUGGCCAUACAAAGUGAUAGUGAUCCAAAAAUAAUGGACAUUAUCUUAAAUUCUGGAAUUUUACCCAAUCACAUUUAUGAGAAUUCAAAUACAGCUCUCCAUUUGGCCGUUAUCAAUAAUAUUCAAUUAAAAUCACUGAAAGCGCUUAUGCAGAAAAUUGAUUUGAAUCUAUUGCUGCAAAUAAAUGAUGAUGGCUAUACGGCACUUCAUAUAGCUGUACGGCAUAAUCAAUAUAAAAUAGCAGAAGUCAUCUUGGAUACCAUUGACCGCAGAGAAUCGAAUGUUGUGUAUGACAGACCAAUUGAGGAAAUAACUGAAAGUCAGAAUGAGUUGAAAAAGUUUUCAAAAUACUAUGAAAAUGCCUGCGAUCGCUUGGAAUUAUAUCAGGAUAAACUAAAACAUAGUCGCUUAAAAAGAGAGGUAAUCAAUGCCAGCGAAUCCCGAGCGGGUAAUCCUCCACUUUUCUAUGCCAUCGAAGGGGAAUGGGAACAUCUUUGCUAUUUCCUGCUCGCACAUUUGGCCGAUCCCGAAGAGGAGAACUUAAGCGGGAAUUCACCAAAAUCAUUUCACUACGAAUACACACGAAGUUUGCGUAUCAGUCUGAAAGUGGGGCGCAUUAUGGAUAAAGUUACAAAUAUUUUAAAUAAUGCUCCUCCAACAAGUAGUUAGGGUAUUCCUCCAUUUGUUAGAUCGCAAGAGUUUUGUUUUGUUAAACGAUUAAAUAUUUGGUGGGAAUACCCAAAAUAAUAUUGAAAUU